GUGACUUUUUACCAACUUCUCCUUUGCAGCCCAUUGGCUUCUACCAAUUCUAGAACAUUGGAAAAACAUCAUCCAACAUUCUAACAGUUUUUCAGGUUACUUACCUUCCAUUUAUGUCUUUCUUUGUAUUCUUUGACCCUUAUGUCUCCUUUAACCUGUUCUUUUGACCAACUUCUCAUGGAAAAUGAGAUAGAAGAAUUCUUUACUUCUGUAUAUAAAGCCAUCAAUUCAGUUGACUUCCUUCUGAAUAACCCAUAAUCAUAUUCUUCAUUCCUCCGUAGACUUCAAGUUGAAGCUAUACCCUUUGUUUUUCCUCUCCUGGUUACUAGUUUUAUGAUCGACUUAAAAAAAAAGAAAGUUUGGUCUUUUUUGUUUGUUGGAUUUUCAAUGCACUCUAUAUGAAAGAUUCUCAAAUUUUACCAGUAUUAUUUCCUAUUAUAUGCAUGUAUUCAAUCAAAAUUUUCCCUCUCUUUAAAAGUUUAGGAGCCUUUAGAUUUGCAGGUUCUAAGUUUUCCAGAGGUUUCUGAUGAUUGGAGUUGGACUUUCUGGCAUGAAUCUAAUGAAUCAAGACAGGACAAACCAGCAGACUUCAUCUUUGAUUGGUAAAAUAUUUAGUGUGAAGGGGAGAAAUCAAAGUAAAGAGACUGAAGUUUCAAUUGGUUCUUCUGAAGGACAAUAUAAUUUGCCACUUGAACCUCUGCUUUCUAGAGGUGUAAGCACAAAAGUGCCUAGUGAGAAUCUAUCCUUCCGUGUUUUCGUUGCGACAUGGAAUGUGGGAGGCAAAUCUCCUGAUACAAAACUCAAUUUGGAUGAUAUUCUUCAGGUCCGUGAAGAAUCGGACAUAUAUGUUUUAGGUUUUCAGGAAGUUGUUCCAUUGAAUGCUGGAAAUGUGCUAGUUAUAGAAGAUAAUGAGCCUGCAGCAAAAUGGCUUGCCUUAAUUAAUCAGUCACUGAACAAAGCACAUAAUGUGCCAUUAAGAGGACCAAGAUCCAUUGCAUCUUCUGGGGGCUCACUGGUUUUCCAGAAAACUUCACUUAGAAAGGUCAGUAAGGCUUUCAGGACCGAGAGUAAGAGGAGGCUGAAGAGUUGCAACUGCCCUACUGACUUGGGAAGGAAGAAUAGCAAGGAAUUCUGUUUCCGGUGCCCACAAUCACAAACAAAUGAAAAUGAAUUUUCUUCAGAAGAGGACGAAGAUGGAUCUAGCAAUUUUGAUACAAACCAGAUUAAGUAUGGCCUUGUGGCAUGUAAGCAAAUGGUUGGAAUUUUCCUCACUGUGUGGACGAGGAAAGAGCUUGUGCAACAUGUAAGCCACCUUAGAAUCUCUUGCGUAGGUCGUGGAAUCCUUGGUUGCCUUGGAAACAAAGGGUGUAUUUCUGUAAGCAUGAUUUUCCACAAGACAAGCUUCUGUUUCUUGUGCAGUCAUUUGGCAUCAGGAGAGAAAGAAGGAGAUGAACUUAGGAGAAAUGUGGAUGUGGUUGAGAUACUUAGAAACACACAGUUUCCAAGGAUCUGCAGAACAUCUGGUUAUAGGGUGCCUGAGAAAGUUCUAGAUCAUGAUCGGGUCAUAUGGCUAGGAGAUUUGAAUUACAGGAUAGCUUUGAGUUACUCUGAUACUGGAAAGCUGCUGAAAGAGGAAGCCUGGGAUGCACUAUAUGAUAAAGAUCAGCUCAAGAUUGAAAGGGAAGCCGGGCGAGUGUUUAAGGGAUGGAAAGAAGGCAAAAUCUACUUUGCACCAACAUACAAAUACUCUGAUGGCUCAAACAGGUAUGCUGGAGAGACAGUAGAAACAAAAAGCAAAAGGAGAACUCCAGCUUGGUGUGACAGAAUCCUGUGGCGUGGAAGCAAAAUAUAUCAGCUCUCAUAUGGACGAAAGGAGUCCCGGUUCUCUGAUCACAGGCCAGUAUGUGCAACAUUUUGGGUGAGUGUUGAGGCAACAGAGAAUGGAUCAAGAAAAAGAUGACCUUUGCUUCAUAACAACAAAUAAUUGCAGUAAAAUAACAAGCUUCUUGAGCAUACAUUGGCAAUGAUUUUUUUGUUACAUCCAAUGCUGACUCUUUGGGGAACUUCAUACCUUGAGUAGGAAUAGCAAAUGUAACCCCUUAUUUGGAUAAAGGAAAAAGAGAAAUCAAAAUCAAAAUAAACUAAUAUCUUGAGCUUGUUUAUGUAACCCUUUCUGUUCUUUUUAUGGUUUAAUGAGGAAGAAAAGCUUGAAGGAUGAGAUUCUCCUCAUACAUAUGUUCCAUGGAGCAUCCAUUUUACACAUAGAUAAUGUUGUUUUUGGUCUGAGAUAUGGCUUGAAGCAGUCUUUUUGUCUUUUCUUCUGUGGAAUUGAAACAACUUCUCCAUCAAGUCUCAUUACAGAAUCAAGCUUGAUAUGGAUUGCCAUGUAACAUCAAUCCAGUUGAAAGUACAUUCUACCUAUACUUCCUCUACAAGGCAGAAAUAUCUAUUGGCGAUGUAACUGAAACCUAUAUAUUUUUUUUGGGAUAAUUAUGAAAAUUCCCUCCACUUUAUCGAAACUUGAAGUUCGAACUUUUUAAUUUUUAUUGUAUUCAAUUAAGACUACAUAUGGUCCUAGCUAAGUGCAAUUGGCAUUUAAAAGUA